UAAGUAAAACAAUCCUUGAAGUACAUAUAUUCAUUUAAUUGUAUUCUCAUUUAUUUUUUAGGUACCUCGCUUAUGGAACACCUUUUGAGAUCAUAGCCUCGAUGCAUAAAUUAGGGAAAAYCACAGUGCGGAAUAUCGUACUUGAAACGUGUGAAAUAUUUUGGUUACACCUGUGCCCGAUAUACCUUAGCGAGCCAACUACCGCACAAUAUAAAGACAUUGCUGCAGAUUAUUUAAAACUGUGGAAUAUACCAAACUGUGUCGGAGCAAUUGACGGGAAGCAUAUAGCUAUUAUUCGUCCACAAAAUUCAGGCUCGUUAUUUUAUAACUAUAAAAUGUUUUAUAGUAUAGUUUUAAUGGCAUCCUGCGACGCUAGGUAUACGUUCACCUCUGCCAGCAUUGGUAGCUAUGGCGGACAAAGUGACGGAGGUAUCUUUCAGCAAACUAAAUUUGGUCAAGCACUCUUGGAAAACAAAUUGCCACUACCACCAAGAGCUCCAUUAUGGAAUGAAUCCUCAACAGAUUUUCCACAUUUUUUUGUGGCCGACGCAGCGUUCCCAUUGAAGAAAAACUUAAUGCGACCUUACCCCGGUGCACAGCUGCCACGAAACAAAGCACUUUUCAAUUACCGGUUAUCCCGGGCUCGUAGAGUAAUCGAAAAUAGCUUUGGUAUUUUAACUGCUCGAUGGCGUGUUCUACGAAAGAUACAUUUAUAGACACAGACACCGCAGACCAUGUAAUAUUGGAGGGAUAAUGGCGUGAAGAUUUA